CAUGGACAUCAUGAUCCAUCCUCAGGGCCUAUUAGUGCUUCUGUUCGAGCCAGAAAUCUUCACUACCAAGCUUAUAAAAUGCACCUUCUGUAACUAUUUCAUUCUGACCUCUACCAAGUAGUUUCAUAAGUCCAAUUUCUACCUAAACUCCAUUCCAUCACUAUGACUUCACUGUUGAGAGGGAGCGCAACUAUCAUUCGCAAGCCCUCCAAGCUCCUGAGAGGUGGAACCGUCCUUAUCCAUGGUGAUCAGGACCGUAUAUUGCCUCAAAAGGCCGAUGUUCUCAUCGAAGGGGACCGGAUCUCCAAGAUUGAAGCCUCAAUUUCGGCACCUGAUGGGUGCCAUAUCAUCGAUUGCUCUGACAAGAUUAUAUCGCCCGGCUUUGUUGAUACCCAUCAUCAUGUAUGGCAGUCACCGCUGAAGGGGCUUUUUGGAGAUACCGCUCUCUUUCCCUACUUGGCAAUAGUACACGCGGCCGGCUUGGUGCUCACUUCUGACGACAUGUUCUGGGCAAAUUUAGCGGGCAAUUUGGAGGCUGUUGAUGCCGGAACUACCACUACUAUGGAUCAUGCCCAUAUGAACUGGUCCAAAGACCAUAGUCCAUCAGCCAUUGCAGGUACCCUCUCGUCAGGCAUCCGCUCGAUAUUUGGCUAUACCCCAGUAGCUACACUGGCAGCCACCAUGCCAAAAGUCGAGUUCUCGCCUGAUCCUUUGCCAGACUGGGUUAUGCAGGCCUUUGAGCAACUUGCCACCUCUCACCCGCUAAAUGACCCGGAGUCUCGAGUUAAGCUGGGGUUAGGGUUUGACUUCUACCAUCUUUCGAAAGAAGUUGUCGUGGGUGUUUUUGAGAGGGCCAAGUCCCUUGGGACGAAGAUAAUUACAUCUCAUUUCAUCCAGAAUUUUGUUCGGGAUAGCGAGAGCUUGCCUGUCUUGCUAAAGUCGUAUGGUCUUCUUCAAAAGGGCAUGGUUCUCUCACAUGCCGGCGGGGCUACCGCAGACGACGUCAAAUUGAUGCACAAUGCCAAUUGCUUUGUCUCGGCCACCCCGAAUACGGAACUCGCCAUGGCCGUUGGUCCUCCUGUCUGCUUCCGCGCCGACCUCCCUGGCAUCGAUCCAAUUUGCUCCCUAGGGGUCGAUUGUCAUUCUGCAACGAGCGGCAGUAUGGUCAAUGAGAUGCGUGUCGCCUUGCAGACUGCAAGGGGCAUAGAGAGCAGGACUCACAUCCGAAAUGGCGAGUGGCCGAGGGAAGUAUCCCACAAGACCGUUGAUGCGUUCAACAUGGGUACUAUUCAGGGUGCCCGUGCACUAUGUAUGGAAGAUGACAUAGGUAGCAUCAAAGUGGGCAAAAAGGCGGACCUAGUGGUGUUCGAAACUCUUAGCCCGGCUAUGUCGUGUGUUGCACAGCAGGAUCCGGUUAUGGCUAUUGUUCUGCACUCGAACAUACGCGAUAUCGACACUGUGUUGGUGGAUGGAGAAAUUAAAAAGCAAAAUGGCAAGCUCUGCCCGGUCAAGGCAUUUGAGUGGCAUAGUGAGAAAGGAUUUGUGGACAUGGGUCUUGUUAUAGAGUGGCGAGAGGUAGCUGACCGGAUUCUCGCAAUACACCAGAGGGUUGUAUCGAAGAUGUCGAACAGCCUUCUCUUGGAGAUAGAAGAUCAUGUCCGGGAGAGAUUUGGCCAUAAGCAAAGCUCUACCAAGCUGUAG